AUGACCCCGAAUGUUGGAGAAUGGCCUGCGAAUCGUGUCCGCAAGGAGUUUAUUGAUUUCUUCGAGGCCCGAGGGCAUAAAUUCUGGGCGUCCUCUUCGACUAUACCAUAUGACGACCCGACUCUAUUGUUCGCGAAUGCUGGAAUGAACCAGUAUAAAUCUAUCUUCCUUGGUACUGUGGAUCCCAACUCUGAGCUCUCAAAAUUGAAACGAGCUGUCAACAGUCAAAAGUGUAUCCGUGCUGGUGGGAAACACAAUGACCUAGACGAUGUCGGCAAGGACACUUAUCACCAUACGUUUUUCGAAAUGCUUGGGAAUUGGUCAUUUGGAGAGUAUUUCAAGGCGACUAUUGCUUGGGCAUGGGAGCUUCUAACCGAAGUCUACAAACUACCUAAAGAUCGUCUCUAUGUGACUUACUUUGAGGGCGAUCCCAAGCAGGGCCUGGAGCCCGAUACCGAGGCUCGUGACAUUUGGAGGAGUGUCGGCGUUCCCGAUGACCACAUUCUUACCGGAAAUGCCAAGGAUAACUUUUGGGAGAUGGGUGCUACUGGACCAUGCGGUCCUUGCAGUGAAAUCCAUUACGAUCGUAUCGGUGGGCGCAACGCCGCUGACCUUGUAAACAAAGACGACCCAGACGUACUCGAGAUCUGGAAUAACGUGUUUAUCCAGUUCAAUCGAGAGGACUCGGGCGCACUUAGGCCGCUUCCUGCAAAGCACGUCGAUACGGGUAUGGGUUUCGAGCGAUUGGUAUCGGUAUGCCAAGACGUACGAUCUAACUAUGAUACGGACGUAUUCUCCCCAAUUUUUGCGCGCAUCCAAGAAUUAACCGGUGCCCGAUCCUACACCGGCAAGUUGGGCGCAGAAGACGCCGAUGGUAUUGAUACGGCUUAUCGUGUAGUCGCUGACCACGUGCGUACACUUACUUUUGCUCUGAGCGAUGGUGGCGUUCCCAACAACGUUGGUCGUGGGUACGUUCUGCGGCGAAUACUCAGGAGAGGUGCACGAUAUGUGCGAAAAAAGUUUGGUGUGCCUAUUGGUACCUUCUUUGGCCAACUUGUUCCGGCAGUCGUAGAGCAAUUGGGAGAUUUCUUUCCAGAAAUCACCAAAAAGGUCGAUGAUAUCAAAGAAAUAUUAAAUGAGGAAGAAGAGUCCUUCUCUCGCACUCUCGACCGAGGCGAGAAGCUCUUUGAAAACUACGCGCAGGCUGCACUCUCAUCCGGUGCAAAGGAGCUCAACGGACGCGAUGUAUGGCGUCUAUACGACACCUACGGUUUCCCGGUCGAUUUGACCCGCCUGAUGGCCGAAGAGCUAGGUCUUGGGGUUAGUGACGCUGAAUUCGAGGCUGCACAAGCCGCCAGCAAAGCAGCGAGUAAAGGUGGAAAGAAGGUAGUCGGAGAGGUCGUCAAGCUUGACGUUCAUGACCUUGGCUCCCUAGAAAAACGAGACGAUGUCCCUAAGACUGAAGAUGGCGCCAAAUACUUGACUGGCAACAUUGAUGCGCAAAUCAAAGCCAUCUAUCACCCCACGAAGAAAUUCAUUGACAGUCUUUCUUCUGAAUCCUCCGAAUCGUUUGGUAUUUUACUCGACAAGACCUGCAUGUAUGCAGAAUCUGGAGGUCAAGAAUACGAUACCGGAAGUAUUAUCAUCGAUGGCGUGGCCGAGUUUGCAGUUGAGAAUGUUCAGGUUUUCAAUGGAUACGUUCUACACACUGGAACCAUGAAAUACGGGGAGUUGAAGGUUGGCGACAAGGUCGUUGCCAGCUAUGAUGAACUCCGUCGUUGGCCGCUGCGAAACAAUCAUACGGCGACCCACAUUCUCAACUGGUCUUUGCGGGAUGCUCUCGGCGAUCAUAUCGACCAAAAAGGCUCCCUUGUUGCGCCAACUAAACUCCGUUUUGACUUUUCGCACAAGCAACAACUUGCUCUCCCCGAACUUGAAAAAAUUGAGAAAUCCAACAACGAAUGGGUCGCUCGGAACGAAAAAGUCCACUCGGCCGAUAUUGGGUUGCAAGACGGAUACCAAGUCAAUGGUCUCCGUGCAGUGUUCGGUGAAGCGUACCCAGAUCCUGUCAGGGUUGUCGCUAUUGGUGGUUCUGUAGAAGACAUCAUGCAAGAUCCAAAGAACGAAAAAUGGCGAUCUGCAAGUGUAGAAUUCUGUGGUGGAACCCACGUCAACAAAACUGGUGAUAUCAAAUCUAUCAUUAUUACUGAAGAGUCCGGUAUUGCCAAGGGCAUUCGUCGCAUCAUUGCCGUGACAGGCCACGAAGCUGCCGAAGUAACUCGAGUGGCUGAUUCGCUCAAGGCACGUCUCGAGGCAUUAGAACGCAAUCCUGUAGACUCGGAGCUCCGACAGCUUUCUGUCGAGUUGGACAAGGCUGAUAUCUCGGUUCUUCGCAAGUCUGAAUUGAAGGAGAAGUUUGUCAAAGUUCGCAAAGCAUUCGACGACAAGAUCAAGGCCAAGGCCAAUGCUACAUCUAAAGCUGCUGUCGAAGGCCUGAAGAAGUACUUUGAGGAAAACCCCAACGCCCCCGGAUACUUUGUGGAUCUUCCCGAUGUCGAGGGCAAUGCUAAGGUUCUGCAAACCCUUGUCGGCGAAGCCCGCAAGUUAAACAAGGCAGCCUACUUUUUCAGCGCUGACCCCACUGGCGAAAAGGUUACGCACGUAAACUUCAUACCUAAGGCUGUGGUUACAAAAGAAUUUGAUGCGAGAGUAUGGGCGACCAAGAUAUCGGGAGUCCUUGGAGGAAAGGGAGGAGGAAAGGAUGAUUCGGCACAGGGUGUUGGUACAAAUGUUAUCGUCCCCGAAGCCCACCAGCAGUUCCAGCAUAUUCUGCGUCUGCUCAACACCAACGUCGAUGGCAAGCGUAAGAUUAUGUAUGCGUUGACCGAAAUUCGUGGUGUCGGUCGACGAUAUGCCAACGUCGUCUGCAAAAAGGCCGAUGUUGAUCUGAAGAAGCGGGCCGGUGACCUCAACUCCGACGAGCUUGAGCGCAUUGUGACCAUCAUGCAGAACCCCACCCAGUUCAAGAUCCCCACUUGGUUCCUGAACAGGCAGAAGGAUAUCGUUGACGGAAAGAACUCCCAGAUCUUGUCCAACGCCAUCGACUCUAAGAUGCGUGACGACCUUGAACGUUUGAAGAAGAUCAGGGCUCACCGUGGUCUCCGACACUACUGGGGCCUCCGUGUCCGUGGUCAACACACCAAGACCACUGGCCGUCGCGGGAAGACCGUCGGUGUCUCCAAGAAGAGGGGUUAA